AUGAGAUAUAAUUAUAAGAGUAUAUUUGGAGCUCUUUAUUCGCUCGCCAGUACUGCAUUCGUUAUCUAUGUUUUAUAUUUAAUUAGAUCUGGACAAUUAACAAUAGAGGAUAUUUUAGUUGGGAUUAGUCCAUAUGGUUGGGCUUUAAUUGGAAUAGCCUUGUGUAUAGGACUUAGUGUUAUCGGUGGUAGUAUUCUUGGUGGAGCUGUUAAAGCUCCUAGGAUUCAAACAAAAAAUCUCAUAAGUAUAAUUUUUUGUGAAGUAGUUGCUAUAUAUGGAGUUAUUAUGGCAAUAGUAUUUUCUGCAAAAUUAGAAAAUGUUGCCGGUCCAAACUUAUAUACUAAAGAAAAUUUAUAUACUGGAUAUUCACUUUUUUGGGGUGGUUUAACUGUUGGAUUUUGUAAUUUAUUCUGUGGUGUUGCAGUAGGAAUUACAGGAAGUACUGCUGCAUUAGCUGAUGCUCAGGACCCUUCUUUAUUUGUGAAAAUUCUUGUUGUAGAAAUUUUUGGUAGUGUUCUUGGACUUUUUGGUUUAAUUGUUGGUUUGUUACAGACUGGAAAAGCUCAUGAAUUCUCACCGUAA